AUGACAGACGAGCAGAAUCGUCAUGAAGGGCGGUCCGAAGCGAUGGAUUGCCAUCAGCAGCUAGUUCUCGCCACGAUGAUGCAGCUACAAUACCCAUUUGAAGGAUUCUCUCAACAAACACGAGUCAAUGAUUUACUGAAUCUUAGAAAUUCGUUGAAGAUUCCAAGAGUUCUGGUUGUCUAUAUUAAAUAUAAUCUCUUUCAAGAUGCCAUUUCACCAACGACAGAUCGACGAAUGCGACGAAAUCGUACAGCGUUCAGUGAUGAACAAUUGGACCAGCUUGAGAAAACCUUCGAGCAGUGCCAAUAUCCGGACAUCGCCCAGCGAGAACGACUGGCCAGAUUGACUCAACUUCCAGAGGCUAGAAUUCAGACUUCUCCGCCACCACUACCCACCAAUUCGACACCCAAGGAGAACACUAUAUUCAGUGAGUUUUACAUCUAUCACUGA